GUGUGAAGUUUGUUGACGGAGGACAAAGUUAGCUAAUAAAAAAAAAAAAAAAUGGUAUAUUUGACCCUUUUCACUUUUGUCCGUUUUUUCAUUUUCUGCUUGUUAAUUUCGCUUCCAUCAGUUUGUCCUUUUCUUUUUAAUUUACUACUACUAUUUUCUACUUCUUUUAAGCUUCCAAAAGUUAUAAUACUUUUCAAAUCUUUUUACUUUUGUAUAAAUUCCACAGGCCACUUUAAAUCAGUAGCUUUAGCCUUUGGUCCAUUAUCAGAUUAUUAGUAUAUGUUUUUGUCUUUAAAAUACUCAAUGUUUGGUGUAUUCUCAACCCUUUUCCCAACAAAGAACAAUCUUUUAUCAGUGGUUGAUCAAAACAAAUAUAAAAAAUGUCUCAAUUUGCUUAUCAUGCAUUUCUGAGUUUGGCAACAAAACUAGGCAAGUCCUUUGGAAAUCAUCUUCAUUCAGCCUUAUCAAAUGCUGGUAUUCGAGCAUUCAGCGUUGAUGAACCUGAGAUAGAUGAAAAAGAGUGCAAAGAAUUGCAGAAAACAAUUCAAGGAUCAAGAAUUCUCAUUGUUGUCUUCUCAAAAGACUAUGCCUCUUCAGAGAGGUGCCUUGAUGAACUUGUGUUUAUACUUGAGAGCAAGAAAGCUUUUGGACGUUUCGUUCUACCUGUGUUUUAUGAUAUGUAUCCAUCAGAAGUCAGGAAACAAAAAGGUUGUUUUGAACAAUCUUUUUUAAUGUAUGAAGAGAGAUAUAAGUCUGGGACCGAUAAAGUGAAGGAAUGGAAGGCUGCUCUAUCAGAAGUUGCUGAUUUGGGAGGAAUGGUAUUACAGAAUCAAUCUGAUGGGUGUGAGUCGAGGUUUAUUCAAGAGAUUGUGAAGGUGGUGGCAAGAAAACUAAAUCGCGCAGUUUUAAGUGUUGCUGUCCACCCAGUUGGAAUAGAUUCUCGAGUUAGAGACAUAAAUCUCUGGUUGCAGGAUGGAUCAACAAGUGUUGAUAUUAUGGCUAUAUAUGGUAUGGGGGGAAUAGGUAAAUCUACACUUGCGAAGACUGCUUACAAUCUUAACGUUGACAAAUUUGAUGGCAGUAGCUUUCUUGCUGAUGUGAAUAAAACUUCAGAAAGACAUAAUGGUCUGGUAAGUCUACAAAGACAACUUCUUUCAAAUGUUCUAGGGAAGAAGGUGGAAAAGAUACACAAUGUCGAUGAAGGAGUCAUCAAGAUUCAAGAGGCCAUCCGUUGCAGAAGAAUUCUUCUUGUUCUCGAUGAUGUGGAUGAUAGAGAUCAGUUAAAUGCUGUUCUUGGGAUGCGAGAAUGGUUUUAUCCUGGCAGUAAAAUUAUCAUAACAACCAGAAAUCAGCACCUGUUUAAUGCUAGUGAGGUCUGCAGAUGUAAGAUAUAUAAGGUCACGCCAUUGAAUGCUCAAGAAUCGAUUCGACUCUUCAGCUGGCAUGCUUUUCUAAAAGAAAAAUCUUCAGAAGAUUAUGAGGACCUUUCAGAAAAUGUGAUACUUCAUUGUAAAGGGAUUCCUUUAGCUCUCAAAGUUUUAGGUUCUUCUCUUUGUGACAGAAGUAUAGAGGUGUGGGAGAGUGCAUUGAGGAAGCUAAAGGAAAUCCCUGACAAUAAGAUCCUGGAAAAACUCAGAAUCAGCUACGAUUUGCUGCCAGAUGAUGAUGUACAGAAUCUAUUCCUCGAUAUCGUCUGUUUCCUUGUUGGGAAGGAUAAAGACUAUGCAGUUACUAUACUCGAUGGAUGUGGUUUUUUCUCAGUAGUAGGAAUUCAGAUUCUUUCAGAUAGAUGUCUGAUCGAAAUCGACAAGGAUAAGCUGAAAGUGCAUUCAUUGAUUCAAGAUAUGGGAAGAGAAAUUAUCCGCCUAGAAUCCCCUUGGGAGCCUCAGAAAAGAAGCAGAGUUUGGCGAUACAGAGAUUCCUUCGAUAUCUUGAGUUCAAAAACUGGAACUGCAGAAAUUGAAGGCCUAGUUCUUGACAAGGGAAUGCCCACAAAAUUGUCCAAAGUAGUUAAGUCUGUCAGAUCAUAUUACUUCAGUGAAGAUACUGGUCUGGUAGGUCCUAGAAAACGCUGUAAGAUCAUGGAGCAUUUUGAUGAUGCCAGCGCAGAAGUUUCAAACAGUAUAGAAUUUGAAGCUGAUGCAUUUUCCAGAAUGCAGAGGCUGAGGAUAUUCCAGCUUAGUUAUGUAAGAUUCACGGGAUUCUAUAGUAUGUUUCCGAAAAGUCUAAGAUUACUGUGUUGGUCUGGAUUUCAUAUGAAGACCAUUCCUGAGGAUCUCCCUCUAGAGAGCCUGGUUGCCCUUGAAAUGAAAAAAAGUUGUUUGGAAAAACCCUGGAAGGGAAUUAAGAUUCUCAGAUCAUUAAAGAUCCUCAACUUUAGUCAUUCCCAUUUCCUAAAAAGAACUCCUGAUUUUUCUGGACUUCCCCAUCUGAAAACUUUGAUCCUGAAAGACUGCAUUAAGUUGGUCAAGAUUCAUGAAUCAAUUGGAUGCCUUGACGGACUCGUCUAUCUGAACUUGAGAGACUGCAAGAAUUUAAGGAAGCUCCCUGGAAGCUUUUGUAAGCUCAAAUCUUUAGAAAAACUUAAUAUCUCUGGCUGUUCUAAACUAGUUACAUCAGCAAUAGAGUUAGGCAAGUUAGAAUCUUUGACAACCCUACAGGCUGAUGGAAUGAAUUUUGGUAAUGCGAAUUCAUGGAGGGCCCGCUGGCAAACUUGGUCAUCAAAGUUGAGAAGAUCCCCAGAUUAUAACCAGUUUUCAUUCUCUUCUUUAUCAAGUUCGCUCGUUAGAUUAAGUCUUGCUAAAUGCAACUUAACAGAUGACGCUUUAUCAUUUGGCCUCAACAACCUCCCCUCAUUAUGCUUCUUGAAUCUAAGCGAAAACCAGAUUUACAACCUGCCUCUGAGUAUCAAAACUCUUGGUAUGCUCCAAGACCUUUGGUUAGAUGGAUGUCCGAGCCUCCGUUCUCUGCCAGAGCUUCCUCCAAGCCUAGUUAAGCUGAAGGCAGUUAGAUGCUCAUCACUGGAAACAGUUACAAAUCUACCAAACCUAAUGUCAAAUCUCUUUUUAGAUGUCAUGGAAAGUGAGAAUUUAAGUGAGAUUUCAGGAAUUUUCAAGCUAAAUCCCAUUGAUAAUUUUGAAGUGGAAAUAUUGAAUACUCUAGGCCUGCUUCUCAAGAUGGAUAACACAGCAGAUACAGUGGUGGAAAUAUUUAAUAGGUUCACUAACACAAAAAGGAUAUAUUCAAUUCAACAGGGACUCUAUGAAUUUGGCAUCUUCAGUACUUAUUUUCCAGGAAAUGAGGUUCCAAGCUGGUUCAACAACAAAAGUGAACAGAGCAUGUUGACCCUGAAAGUAGAUUCACUUCCUUAUAUCAACAUAACAGGCCUGAUCAUUUGUGUUGUCUUUGCACGUUCUAGUCCUCGCAAAUUUCGCUAUUUUGGUGACGGGCAUACAUUUUAUAUCAAAGUCCAAAACAUUACAAAGGGCCUUAAGUGGAUUUAUGCCCCAUCAUUCAUUGGCAUUCCAGGAGAGAACAACAGGUUGAUAUUUUUAUGCCACUGGAAGUUUGGGAAGUAUUUACAAACUGGUGAUCAGAUUAAUGUUUCAUUGCCUUGUUGGAGUAAUACUUUUAAGAUGAAAGAGUUUGGAGUUACACUUGCAUAUAACAAGCCAGAAUUAGACCAGUUCUCAGCAUCUACUAGUGAAGCAAGAGUGCUUGCAACGCAACGUACUCCAAUUAGUGAUUAUCAAUCCGAAGAAAGUGUCAUGGCAGGCUUUAUGCCUUCAUAUCAGUUGGCGGUUCAUCGUUACUACCUUUCUCACCCUGACUACUUUGUGAUCCGCGACAAUGCAGAUUCAGUUGUGAGGUCAAUUUUGAAUGACAAAUUGUUUGAGGAUGAUUAUGUGCAGACUGCAGGUUCAGGGUCUAGUGAUGGAGCAGGACCAGAAGAAGUAGAUGAUGAUGAUAGCAUCUUUGAUUUCGAUGAGGAUGAAGAUGAUGAGGCUAACCUAGCAGAGUUAGAGGAGAUGUUGCAAAGAUCUUGGUGAAAGAAAUGAAACAAUGGUGCAGCUAGCAGCGUAACACAUUGACUGACCAACUCAAAAUAAUGAAUUUGUUAUACUUGGCGUGAAAGAUUAUAAACAUAUUGGCUAUGUAUCAAAUAGUGUAAAAUCAUUACUACUUUUUCACCCAGAAAUGUUUUUGCUUAAAGGCCGAAAAGGGAUAGGCAGCUGCAAAGUUGAUGUUAUACAGAUAUGUUUUAACCUUAAACCACAAUAAUCUACAUUUGUUUGUUUAUGUAACUACUAGUUUAUGAUUAGGUGCGUUGCACGUAUACGUCAAACAUCAUAUUGAAGGCAACAAAAUUUGUCUGGCUUGUAAAGUAUCCUCCUUGGUUAUGCUAAGCUUACUUUCAACAUUGCAUCGCAUGUACCAAAGACAUCCAGGCUUUGGUGCUGGUGAUUUUAAUGUUGAGGAAGACAGUUGUCGUGAUUAUCAUCAAGUUUUUUCGUCGCUCAUGCAAUAUUAUCUUCAUAAGUUGAGUUAUGAAAUCGAGCUAAUAAUCAGAACUUACUUCAAAAAUGUCCUGUGCACCUUGCAGUUCAAAGGGGUAACGGUUCCAGAACUGAAAUGCAAAUAUCUUACGCUAGAGUUUCAUAUAUAUAUUACUACUAUAUAGAAGCAUGGGUCUCAACCCAUGCUUCGUCGUCCGUUGGGCAUUUUAAAAAAAAAAAAAAAGUGUGGUCCCCAUAUUUAACACCAACCAAUAUUAAAAAAAAAAAACACCAAUCAAUAUUAAAAAAAAAAAAGAAGUAAAAAAAGUGGAACCCACCAUCUCCAAGCUCACGAAAAAAAAAGUGGACCCCAUAUUAACAAAAUCAAGCAAUAUAAAAAAAAGUGAAUCCCAUAUUAAAAAAAUAAACAAUGUAAAAAAAAAAACGCAGACUUUGUAUUCGUAGCAAACACUAAUAUAAUAAAGUUUUAGAUACGGAGCACAAACUACAAUAUUGUAUAAGUGAAGACUUUGUAUUCGUAGCAAACACUAAUAUAAUAAAGUUUUAGAUACGGGGCACAAACUACAAUAUUAUAUUAAUCGUGUUUUGAAUAUAGUAUCCCAUAUU